UGAAAUCCCAUGUAACCCUUCGAGCUCCAACAAGUUAAGGUUGAAAUACUCAGAAUCCAUUAGUUUAGUUUUUUUUUUUUUCAAAUGGCUCAUUCGAUCAUAAGAAAAUGCUUAAAACCAGCUAGUCCCAAUUUCAUGGCGGCACUCUCCGUUCCCCUGAUUGGGCGGCGGCUGACGACGGUGGCAGCAGCGGAUGAGGAGCCAACACAGUCGUCAUCACAGUCCUCGUUCACGUUCUCUUCAGAUGGGGACAAGGUGUACGUGAAGGGGCCAUCGGGGAAGUGGAAGUCAUCGUCGUCAGUUACGAUGCCGAUGUCGUUCAUGACGGGGUCGAUCGUGGGGAAGCGGUUUUACAAGGACGUGAAGACUCGAGAAGCCGAUGACGGGAACGGAUGGACGGUGAUGCUCGAUUACAGAACCCUAAAGACACCUUCCAAGAGACCCCUCAAGCUUCCAACCCUUCCUCUUGCCAAAGCCAUUGCUGCUGAAUGGGAAUAUCAGCUAACAGAUGGCAUAAGACCCUUCACAAUGCCUCUCAUGAGACUUGCUUGCACUGCCCUGGAAAGAGUUCCCCUCACAAGGAGCAAAAUUAUUGAGAAUUUGAUGAAGAAAUUUAAUCAAGAUUUAGUAUUUUGUCGUGCACCUGAUGACAAUGAGCUGACAACCUAUGUGCAUGAUCGUCAGGUGGAGAAAAUUGAUCCAUUGCUUCACUGGGUGGAGACAGAAUUUGGCUUUAAGCCUGUUGUUUACUCCAGCUUUUUUGGUGGAAAGCAAGAAGAUGGUCUUGUAACAGUUAUUGAGAACCUUCUAAAGAAAACAGAUGAUUGCGAAUUGGCAACAAUUGAUGCUAUAGCAGCAUCAGCACAUUCAUUAAUUAUUGCCAUUGGAAUGGUGCACGGGAAAUUGCAAAUCGAGGAAGCUAUUGAACUUAUUAGACUUGAAGAAGAUUCUCAGGUGGACAGGUGGGGCCUCGUAGAAGGUGGCCAUGAUGUGGAUAUUGCUGAUCUAAGAGUGCAGAUUUCAUCAGCAAUUGUAUUUCUUGGUUUGUCAAGAAGCAUAUAGGUUUUUAACUUUCUCUCAUUUUAUGUUACCAUCCUAAGAACUAGCUAUCAGGAUAUAUUAGAAUAGAAAACCCUGGGGUUGUUGUAAUGUCCAGAUCUUUCCAGAGGCAAUAUUCUUAGGAAAGGAUGAAUUGUUUUUGUAGAUGAGUUUUAUUAUCGUUAAAGAUUUGUCCAGAUCUAUUCCAAUGGUUUACAGGGGCCUGAUUUGUUUUGGAAUAAUAGGUAAAUGUAUUUGUACAAUUGGAAUAGAUACGUGCAACCUUUUAUGAUUCUA